AUGGACCAAGAAACUAUAGAUUUUACAAUUCGAGAUCCAUUAUCCUAUAUUGUUUUAGAGGUUGAAAGACAAUUUUUAUAUGUUCACAAGGAGAUUUUAGCCAUAUGGUCUCCUGUUUUCAAGUCAAUGUUUAUGGGACAUUUCAAAGAAAAAAAUGACGACGUGGUCAAAUCAAAGAGCUUUUCAGAACUUCAAAAAGAUCCACAUUUCAAAUAUCUGGAACAAGAAAAUUUGAUUAACAUUUUGCAACUUCGCGUUUUAAAUCUUGAAGGUUUAGUUGAGCAAGAUAGAAAAGCUUACAGUGAACGAGAUAGUAAAAUGUUUGGAGUGAUUAACGAAUUAGCAUCAGGCUAUGGACAUUUUUGCACUGAAUGUAAAUCUAGAAAGGGUGUCACACUUGUUUGCAGCUGCAGAUCUAGACAUUGA